CGCAGCCGCCGCCAUUUUGGUAUUGGCAUCGGCAUCGGGCGGGGCCCGGGAAUCCUCCUUCGGGUCUGCGAUGGUUCACGCAACGCCCCGCCCCGGCCAAGGUGGAGCCGCCCCCAGGGCAGGAGCGGGGGGACCCAGGCGUCCUGCCCGGAACACGAGCGCCUCACAGCCCCUUCCCCUCCCCGCUUUUCAUCUGCGGGGCCCUCGCCCCCCUCGGCUUUCGCUCCGAAAGCGGGGCUGAAACCCCAAGGGCGCCCCUCAUCAGUGCGGGGGGGAUCGAGGGUUCCCCCGCUAACCCCCACCCCAGAAAUAGAGGUGCACCCUCCCCAGACCGCCCCCCCCCCGGGAUUAGUGCAGGAAGAGGGGAGGAUUAGAGGUGCCCCAACACAGCUGCCCCUAUAAAAGGGAGGUGCGCCCCCCCCAGAGCCCCCCCAGGAUUAGUGCAGGAAGAGGGGAGGAUUAGGGGUGCCCCAGCAUAGCUGCCCCUAUAAAAGGGGGGAGGUGCACCCCCCAGUGCCCCCCCCCAGGAUUAGUGCAGGAAGAGGGGAGGAUUAGGGGUGCCCCAGCAUAGCUGCCCCUAUAAAAGGGAGGUGUGCCCCCCCCAGAGCCCCCCCAGGAUUAGUGCAGGAAGAGGGGAGGAUUAGGGGUGCCCCAGCAUAGCUGCCCCUAUAAAAGGGGGGAGGUGCACCCCCCAGUGCCCCCCCCCCAGGAUUAGUGCAGGAAGAGGGGAGGAUUAGGGGUGCCCCAGCACAGCUGCCCCUAUAAAAGGGGGGAGGUGCAACCCCCCGGAUCCCCUGCAGGAUUAGUGCAGGAAGAGGGGAGGAUUAGGGGUGCCCCAGCACAGCUGCCCCUAUAAAGGGGGGGAGGUGCGCCCCCCCAGAGUCCGUGCAGGAGGAGGAAGGGGGGUCUCUAAGCCCCCCCAAUUCCUCUUCUCCCACGACCAGACACGGGCAGCUCCACUCCCAGAUAGUGAGGCAGUUACCACCUUUGUAUCCACUCCUGCUGCAGCGCCCCUGGCCCAGCAAAUCUCAUCCGGAUCCCGCCUGCAACUCCCCGGCUCGAUUGAAACCUCAAUUCAAGCCCUAGUUCUCUAUUCAACUGAUGUGGAUAUUUCUCUCUCCUCCGGCUCAACGUUGGUGAUGUCUACGCUACCAUGAUUAACAGGAUGUAGGUGGGAAGGCGAUGACAGAUACAGAGGCAGCAGUGGGAGUGACCCAUGUCGUGGAAGACGCAAUGAGGAUGACUGGAUGUGGAAGCUGUGGGAAUGACAAGAACUGACCUCGCUGUGCCCUGAACUAUUCUGAGUGUUACACCUUCGCUUCUGUGCAGAACUGAAAGCUGCAGGGGGAGAGGAAUCGGAGUGACUCUCGCUACAGCCGGAGAGGCGCGGAUCAGAGGUGAUCAGAGCAACCUGUGUGCGUCAGUGGAGAGAUGGGGGAAACAGCAGAUUCUACUGAGCAGAGUCUGCAAGGAGAGGUGCACCCCACUUGUAAUGGAGACCCUGAGACAGGAGGGGAGAUGGAAACUCGAAAUAAUCCUCAACAAGAACAAUUAUUAAUGGAGUUGCCAAGUAGGAAUGGAGAUGUAAGGAGAGAACAAGACCCAGGUUCUCAAUCUCCCUUCAGGGACCCAUUCGUGCGUAAAGUCCUGAUCUGUGUCUCCAGUGUGGCAGUGGUUCUGUUCUUUGCCUUCAUUGUUUUGGCUGCAACUCUGCCAGGGAUACCAUCAAGGGCACCUGUGGCCUGCCCCAAUGGCUCGGUCACGUUCCAAGGGAAAUGCUACUAUUUCUCAGAGACCGAAGGGAACUGGACCUACAGCCGGAGCCGCUGCUCUGCCCUGGGUGCCUCCCUGGCUGGGAUCGACACCCAGCAGGACAUGGACUUCAUGCUCCACUACAGAGGCCUCAGGGACCACUGGCUUGGCCUCCGGAAGGAGACGGACCAGCUCUGGACAUGGAUGAAUGGCACCAAAUUCAACAGCUGGUUUAAAAUCGGAGGGGGAGGGGAGUGCGCGUAUCUGAAGGAAGCAAAAGCCGUCAGCUCCUCGCGGUGCUCUAUGGAGAGACACUGGAUCUGCAGCAAACCCCACACGUGUGCAAAGGUUUAGCACAGCGCCGGGCAGGGGGCUGAAGGCUCAACCCUGAAGAGAUGGGCCAUCGUUGAUGCUGACAGGCUCGGAUGUUUCUCUGGCUAAUGAGAGCGUUUGCAGUCAUGCUAGUGAGGACUAAACCAAAAAGCAUCUGAGAUGGGCCAGACACUUCUGCUUCAGGGCAUAAGAUCCCUAUCCUUGGGAGUAAACUUUCCGUAAUGGAUGAGUGAUCUCGUAACUGUCCAUUAGCUGACCUGCCCUUUCCUCUGAAUCAGCUGGUGCUGGCCACUCAGACAGGAGACUGGCCUGGAUGAACUGGGGAUUCCUGAACCAGCCGGUUCUCACCUGAGGCCCCUUCGUCUGGUAUGUCUGGGCACCAAGACGGGCAAAUAAGGACCAAACUCUGGGCCACCUUUCAGGGAGCCGUUUUGAUCUCAUCUUCCCAUUGAGCCACCUCAAUGCCACGGAAUCACUUCCACAACCAGCACUUCCAGCUGUAAUAAGCCUCCUGCUUACCUGAGCUUCCAGUCGUAGGCCUGGUCCACGCUACAGAGAUAGGGCGACGUAAGGCAGCUUAUGUCGACCUAAUUAUGUCAGUGUCCACACUACAGCCUUGCUCCCACCAGUGUAAGUGCCCUACUACACCGACAUCAUAACCCCACUGGCACGGCAGGCGUAAGGCUUCUGUCUGUGUAGUUAGAGCGGUGCAGUGUCCGUGUGGACACUGAGUUACUUACCUUGGCUGUUGGCCCUCGUCCUUGUCAAUUUCACAGCUGCCUGCUGGAGCCAAGAAAUUGACAAGAUAGGCUGGUAGGCCCCCUGCUGUGAACCUCAUACCUGGCUCUUAGCUAGGGCUGUCACAACCAGAUGGGUGGGGGGCUCCCCACUCCUAAGCAGGCUGUUGCCUGGUCUACCCUCUCCUAGCGGGCUGCUUAGAACCCGGCAGGAACCCCUGCGGGGAGCCAGGCUCUCAGCCCCCCACUCUGCCCUUCUUAGCUCAGUGGCAAUGCUCCUGGUGAGGACGCACACCACCCACAGAAGGAGGGUAGGGUAGAUGUUUUGUGAUGCCAGGGUAACCCAGGCCUGCUCAGCGUGGUGCUCUGUACCCUUCAAGUGGUGGUUAGGCCAGCUCGAGAUAGAUGAGCCUGCUACAGCCGUAGCUAAGAAAAGCGUCUUUUAGUUCCGGCAGUAGAGGCUGGAGAGAUCCCGGGUUUGAUCACAGCCAUGGACAGCGUUUCACGAGGACAGAAGGAGCAUCCGCAAAUCCAGUGCUCUGGCUCGCGCUGUGUGCUCUGAUUGACAGGGGUGUACCCUGUUCCUCCUCCGGUGGGUAAUAGGUCGACUUAAGUUUGUAGCUUCGACAUGACCUUAGUCUCUCUGAUCUGGGGACCUAGGAAUGUUUUGGAGGGCAGCAAUCUCUGAUCAAGAAUGACCCAAGACGAUACCAUGCCUCAUAGUAGCUUCUCCACUGUUGGGAGGGGCGGGGAUCAAUUGGAAUUCAGCUUAUCAUAAGUUACUGGGCUCAACGCAGGAAUCGCUGGGUGAGCUUCUCUGCUCUGUUAGGCAGAAGGUCAGGCUAGAUGGUCAUAAUGGGCUUUUGUGACCUUGAAACCUGAGCUGUUUGGUUUUGGGAAGAAUGGGAAGCUGAGAGGUGGCUCUGGAUAACAAUGCAACUGUUCUGAUUUCCUACCUCUGCGCUUUACUAGCUGCUGCAGAAAGCAGGUCUUGUCUCGUGCUGCUGACAAUCUGAGAUCAACCCGAAGUGCACUGCGUCUUAACGCUGAGCCAUGGACUCCUCUUACGUUUGUUUCUAAGUCUUUGUAAACUGUGAUUUACUUAAUUAUGCUAUUUAUCACAAAGCUAUAUAUUUUUUGACAGCCCUUUUUUGCACAGUAUUUAUAAUAGGCUGUCAUUCUGUAAAUGAAGCAUUAUCGUUGGAUGUGGUUUUGUAUUGCAAGGUAACUUAAUUGCAGUGUUAAGAUUAAUGAUGCCUGACUAGUAUUGUGCUGAUGGCUGUACAAACCUCACUGAGACUAAUGGGUGUGAAUGGACCUUUCGAUUAACAUAACUGUCAGAAUAAGGUCAUUGCAAGCCCUCUCCCCAGACACACAGGGUAUGUGACCCUGUCUGAGACUUGUGUACUAAAUGGGUGGCAGGGUUUUGCCAGUUUCUGGAGGGGUGGGUGCAGAACACGGGGAACUACAGAGCUACACAGACGGCUGGAAGGAACAGCUGAAAGCAAGGCGUAUGAGCCUGGAGUGAGGUUUUGGGGUCAGAGGUGCAGGCUGAAAAAUGUGUUCUUGGUGCUGUGAGCAAAAUAAGCUGUUUCCUGCUACCUGUUUUCUCCCGUGUCCAGGGAAACGGGUCCUUUGUACGGGUUUUGUAAAUAAACAAACCUGCAUUAAAUAAAUAAUGGCUUCUCA